AUGAGCUUUGAUAACAACUACCAUAGUGGCCAGGGCUAUGCCAAAGGAGGCCUGGGCUGCAGCUAUGGCUGUGGUCAUAGUGGCUAUGGCUAUGCCUGCUACUGCCCAUAGUGUUAUGAAAGAUCUUGGUUUUCUGGCUGCUUCUGA